UUUGUUCAUUUUACUACUAACACUAUCAGGAAAGGACAUUUACGAUCCCGAUUCUUGGAUUUAUCAGAAAACGGGCUCGACCUAAUGCAAAAGAUGCUAACCUACGAUCCGGCAAAGCGGAUCACUGCUGAAGAAGCAUUAAAGCAUCCGUAUUUCACGCAAGUUCUUCAAAAAAUUAUUCAACGACCUGCACCAAAAGAUCCAGAAAUGUUUCCGACGUGGCCUUCAAAAGGCGGUGGAGAACGAAGAAAAUCUUAUGCUAGUCCAUCUGCUCCAAAAGGAGCACAUCACGGUGGUGAAUUUGAUGAAGACGAUCCAGCAUUUCUGGGCUCAAUUUUUGAGAACCAGAUGGCGUCGGGUGUUGAUCGUGGGUUCCGAUUGAACUUUGGAGGAAAUACUCGUGAUUAA